AUGAAAAUAAUUUUAAUAAUUUUAAUAAUUUUAAUUAAUUUUAUAGGUAUUUUUGUAAAAUGUGAAUUUAAAAUUAAAUCAAGUACUAUUAAACAAAAGAGUGCAGGAGUUUUAGAUGGGACCACACUAAAUUUUGGAUAUAUAGAUGUUGAGUUAGAUGAUGAUUUAUAUAGAUAUGAUCCAUUAGGAUGUCCAAAUUACGAUUGUACUACAUUGGUAGAGAAUGGUGAUUGUACAUGUGAUUACACUGAUAUGGAAGAGUGUCCAAAAUCAUUUAAAAAUGCAAAUUGUGUGAAUCAAUGUGCCAUGUUUGCACCAAAUUCCAGUAUACCAAUGUGUGGUACCGAUCCAUGGACAACACUAAAUGUCGAUCAAGAACAACAUAUUUUCUCAGGUACUGAGGGUAAAGAAAUUUUCUUUCGUUACAAAGCAAACCCAAAAAUUUGUGAAGGUGUUGCAAUCAUUGCAUAUCCAAUUGAGGGUUAUUUUAGGGGUACAUUUGGAUCACACCCAAUCAAUCAAAGAGAAAUGCCAAGUGCAAACUAUCAAACUUAUAAUGUUUUCAAUUUGUGUCCAACUGAUAAUCAACCAUUUUCAAACUAUCUCUCGUGGACACCCGACACCUAUUAUAUAACAAUCAUACCAAUGAGCGAGGGUAAUAUAACAUUCUCACUUAGAAUUCAUUCUGGACAAGUGCCACCAACUCCAAGCACACCUAUCACACCAUGCACUCGUAAUCUAUCAAGCCAUAUAUGUUUGGAUGAUGGUGUACCAUAUGUUGGUGAAAUUUUAGGACCAGCUUAUGAAUACUUUACAUUUCAAACUACAAAACCGGCAUACUAUAUUUUAAGUGCACCACGUUUAGCUCAAGAUUUAAAUUUAGUUAUAUCAGAGGAUCCUGAAAAUACAAAACCAAUCUUUGGUAAUCGUCAAUCAAAAUAUGAAUUAGCAGAAGAGAGUGAUGAUUACCUAUUGGUAUAUAUUGAUCAACCAACAUUAUUAUACAUUGGUCUCUAUUGUAAUUUUAAUACCAAUUACUCUUUCUCAAUUACAUCACAAGGACAAUAUUAUAGUACAAAGAUUACAUCAUUACCAGCGAGUGCGGGUGCCUUUGCCCUUACUAAAAGUGCAAGAUUAAAGUUACCAAAUGGUUCAUUUCUAACUUGUCCAACUUGGUAUCUUUGUUUAAGUUUAACCACUCAAUAUCCAUUGGAGGACGGUAAUCCACUUUGGCCUGUACCACCUUACUUUUUACAAUCUUCAAGUUAUGAAUCUAUAAACUAUGAGGAUGUUUUCUUACCAAAUCCAAUGAAACCAAAAUCCUAUCAAAUGACAGUACUAUUAUCUUCGAAAAUAAGUACAUCAUCCACAUCAAUCUUUUAUAGUAUUGAUCUAAUUUCAAAUUCAACACUAGAGUUUAUUUCAACAUUAUUCAAUUCAAAAGGUGAACCAUUAAGAGGUAGCACAACAAUGAAAAAUGUCGAUUUGUUGGCCACUUGUAACUAUACCGAUUUUCAAUUGAUUCUAAAUGCAAUGGAAGAGACUCAAUCAAUUCUUUUCAAUGUUACCGAUUUAAAUGGUUUAAACAAUUGGAGAUAUAGAUUAGAGGCAUUGACAAUUCGUGAUAAUUGGAUUGGUUGUUCCAAUCAAGCAUCAUCUCUAUUGGACACUGUGGAGGUUUCAAAGAAUGUUUCAACCACCUAUUGUCCCUAUGGUAUUGAUGAUAAAGCGAAAUCAAUUGAUCCAUGUUGUAAUUCAAGUUUUUCAUUCUUUCAAUGUUGUGUUCCAAAGGUUUCAUUGAUUCCAACCGUUCAAUUCGUUAGUACUAUAGAUGAUAAAAUUGAGAAUCAAUGUUCAAGUUUUGAAUGCACUCAAUCUGUACUCUCUGAAUAUUACAAAUCAUUAAGUAACGCCGAUGAAUGUACCGUACCUGAUUAUAUCACUAGAAAUUUAAAGUUAUCCGCCGCCGAAACUGUCAGAGCUUGUAAGGUACCAACAAGAAUACCUUGUGAUAAUGAUGAUCAUUGUAAAAAUACCACUCUAACUAAAUGUGAUCUAUUCUCAAGAUAUUGUAUACCAAACCUUGAAAACAUCGAUAAAAUCUAUAUAGAAUGUGUAUUAAGAAAUCUUUCACCAAGUGUAUUGUAUGCUUUUGCUCAAAUCUCUUCACAAUCAGUUAAUGAUAGUUUGGUGCAAUCAUUUUACAAUGAAAAUAUUCAAGAUGAUUGUAUUAGUGAAACAUUUGUCGAUUCAGAUAUACUUCGUAAUGCUAUGUUUUAUACUUCACCAUCAAUUAAAUUCGAUCGUUGUUAUCCACCUGUGGUAUGUUUAGAUUCAUCUUGCGUUUUAGAACAUGACAUUUGUUUUGACCAAUUAUAUACUGUUUUUCAAGAGUUUGAUUUCCCUGCAGAUUUCAAUUGUUCUCUUUAUGGAUUUUGUCAAAUUGAAUCAUCCACUUGCUAUGGAGUCUACGAAAUCGGUAGUGCAUGUUCUCAAUUAUGUGAUGCUACCACAUCCUAUUGUGGGCAUUGUUCAAGUGAAAAUCAAACCUAUUGUCAUCAAAUUACAACACUAACCGAUGAAACAACUUGUAAAUCAAAUUCAGCAUGUCUUUUACCAAAUGGUGAAUAUCAAUUGGGUGUAACUAAAGAACAAUGUGAAAGUUUAGGUCAAUGUUCAGAUGGUUGUGGUUAUGAAUGUAGUGGUUAUAUUGGUUGUGUCAUUGAAAAUUCAUACAAUUCAACCGAUUGUACAGCUCAUACAGGUGCUGUAUGGAAUCCACAAUAUGAUGUUUGUACAUUUGUUUCUGCAACAUCACCAUCGACUUGUUCUUCUAAUUCUUAUAGUUGGAUUGAUUGUUCAAGUCAUUCACCAGAUGAAUGUUAUCCAAUCACUUGUUCAGUUCAAAGAGUUCCAUGUACAACCAAAGAUUCUUGUAUUGGUAGUGGUGGUACAUGUUCAGAUCAAUUCUUUUCCUCAAGUAGUAAUACUUAUUUUUAUCCGGAUGGUGUUGGUAAAUGUAUUAGAGGUCAUUUUUCAUAUCGUACAGGUUCUUUUCCAAGUUGUGAUUACAAUAAUGAAAAUGAUUCACCAAUGGGUUGUUUCCCAAGUCAUCCAAAUCACACCGAUAAAAUUUCAUGUGAGACUAUUGGUGGUGGUAAAUGGUGGGCACCUGCAAUCAAUAAAACUCAAUGUCUAUCAAAGAAGGCAUGUAAAAUAUUGGAUAUCAAUUCCGAUAAUUUACCAUUUAAUUUCCGUUUCAAUGAAAUGGAUGAACAACAAUGUACAGGUUGUUAUCAAUCCAAUAAUCAAUGGACUGAAAUGUUUUCAUGGUCAGCUGCAAGAUGGAUACCUGGUGUUUUCAUUGAAAAUCUUGAUUGGAUUGAAAAUAAUUCAUUCAAAGCUUAUUCUCAUCCAAAGAAAACUUUUAACUAUAGAUCAUUCUAUACUAAUCUAAUGAAUUCAGUCGAUACAUUAACCGCCGAUUAUUUACGUUCUGAAACAUUUUGUCGUAUGGAAAGAAUUCAAUCCAAUUUAAAUUCAAUUUCAUGUAGUUGUUCAGGUGGUUCAGAAUGUUUCACAGAGUCAAUUCCAUUGGUUGGUCAAACUAAACCUUGUUUUGGUGAGAGUUCAACUUUUAGUUUUGACUAUGGUGAAAUCAUUUUCGAAAGUGAAUCUAUUAAACAAGGUUGUCCAAUUCUAUUGAUAUCUCAAUAUAGUAAAGAAAUUUUCACAUCAACAGCUCCUGAAUCUUUACCAUCCAAUUUCGUUUCCUAUCAAGUACCUGAAAAAUAUGGUGUUUUAAAUGAUAAAGAUGCAAUCGUUGGUGUGUUAAUAGGUGAUGGUAUUUAUAUAAAAGCUCAAUUUUCAAUCAUUAAUAAAUUAACAGUUUGUUCAAUAAUUCCAGAGAGUCAAAGAACAACUUCAAAAUUCCCAGUUUAUGAUUUUGCAACAUUAAUAAGUAAUACAGAUGAUGACUAUGAUGAUUAUCAUAUUUUUGAUGGUGAAUUAAUUAUAUUGGAUUCCGUAGUAUUUAAUAAGACAGCUAAGGAUGGUAGUUUAAUGAUUUGUUCAAACUUUAGUAAUUUCAAUCCAAAAUCAUCAGUUCAAGCAUUUUUCCCGGUUAUUAGAGUCCAUGGUAAUUGGAAUGAUGUUUCAAAACAAGUUUUUGAUGAAUCUACUCGUGGUUUAUUAUUUACAUUGGCAACUUUUUACUUGUUGGUUGGACUUUGGGCAAUAUUCCAAUUGGGUGUUAUAGUUUUCAAACAAAUUAAUUUACCAAAGGUAAAUUUCCAAUUGGUUAAUGGUUUAACUUUGAUCGUCACUAUUUUCAUUCUAAUGAGAUCUCUCUACUUUUUCAUUCUACCAAAUGGUCACUUAGCAGGAAGUCCAACAAGUGAUUAUAUCCUUGUGAUUUUACCAACCUUUAUUUACUUUACCGCUUUCACUGUUAUCAUUGUACUUUGGUAUGUCAUUGUAUUUUUAGUUUUAAAGAAAAAUAGAUCAGCCGAAAGUCUAUCAAGAAGAGUAUCUAAAUUGGUACUCUACGUCAAUAUAGUCAUCUAUUUAUUGUUUAUCGCUUGUUGUUUGGUUUUCACUAAAACUCAAUCAAAUCCAACUAAUGAUUGUGGCUCAAGAAUUAUCAUUCCUGCAAAGAGUUCAAUUCCUCAAAAAGCAAUUUCAAUCACUUAUGCAGUAAUUCAAGCAAUAAUUUCCGUCCUACUUGGUGCCGCUUUUGUUUAUCUCGGUAGUAGUUUAUUCUUUGUAAUGCAUAAAACAAGAAAAGCUUUAGGUGGUUCUUCAAUCAAUUCCUCACAUUAUAAUAGAAUAUUUUUACUCACUUUAAUUUGUUCAAUUGGUUUUAUUUUGCAUUGUGUCUUUAUUUUGGUUUUGGUUUCUGGUCAUUCUUCAAUAGCUUUUAGUUUUGUUGGUUUAAUCAUAACCGAAAUCAUUCCAACUUUAACAAUCCUCUAUUGUUAUGAUCCUUUUAAAAAAAUUGAAACAAAAUCAAAAAGUUCAGAAAUUAGUAUGUAA